AGAACGGUGACAAGCAUCCUCCGCGAGCUGGUGGAGAAGCAGCAGCUUUCUGAGGAAAUCUUGAGUUUGGUGCAGGCUCAGUUUUCAGAUUUGCCUUGCAAGUUGCACAGCUGGAGACAGAUGGCAGAAUACUCACCAGAAAUGAGGCAAUUUGUUUGUAUUCUCCACCUCUACCAUAUUAAGGCUUAUGAUUCUCUACGGAAGAUUUUUCCCCUCCCUCAUCCUUACAGCCUGACAGAUUGGCUUUCUAAUAAUGGGGUUGCUCCAGGCUUCAGCAACAGCAUUUUUCUCCGCCUUCAGGAAAAGGUGGAGAGAGGGGAAGAGGCCUACCGCUACUGUGCCCUGAUGGUACAAGACAUGCCCCUGCAGAAGCAGCAGGAGUGGGACCCGCAGACCCAGCGCAUGACAGGCUUUGUUAACUUGGGAGUAGGUGUCCUUGAUGCUGAUGAAGCUCCGCUGGCCUCAGAGGCAAUAAUCCUCAUGGCAGUUGGCAUCUCAAGCCCCUGGACAGCUCCACUUGGCUACUUCUUCGUGAACAGCACAACUGGCCACUUACAUGCUCAGCUGCUUCGUCAAACCAUCAAUAAACUGAACAACAUUGGCAUCACGGUGCUGGCUGUGACAUCAGGCGCUACUGCUAACGGUGCUGAGACUGCCAGGGCUCUGGGUAUCAGGAUAGAUCCCGAAAGAAUUCAGUGCACUUUCCGGCAUCCACCUGGUUCUGCUCACAGCAUCACAUACUUCUUUGACAUUUGCCAUACGCUCCAGCUGAUAAGGAAUGCUCUGCAGUGCUUCCAGAAGAUGGAGUGGCACAGUGACACCGUGCAGUGGCAGCAUGUGGUGGAGCUGGCAGCUUUGCGGGAGCAGAGGGUAUUAGAGCCAUGCAGUCCCAAGUCAGGCAGACCUGAGAGUAAGGAGAGUUACCACCUCAAAGUCAACCUUGCCACCCCAUUGUUCAGCGAGGGUGUUGCUGAUGCGCUGGAACACCUUCAGAAGCUGGGCCUGGCCUCAUUUCAGAACUGCAGUGGUACUGUCAAGUUUAUGCGUUUGAUGAGCUCUCUGUGCGAUGUAUUUCAUGGCAGAGGUCCCUAUAGAAGGGGACUGAAAGGGCCUUUGCUAGCUGGGAAUUACACCAAGAUAAGCCACCUCUUUGAUGAAGCCAAGAGCUUCUUUGUCAUGUUAACAGACUCUAUGGGUAGAUAUAUUCUUAAGAGCAAACGCAAACUAGGAUUUCUGAGUUUCUUGCUCAAUGCUGAAAGCCUCAAGUGGCUUUACACCAACUACAUGUGCCCAGAAGGCGCUCCUUCCCACCACCUCCUGACCCGUGCCUUCAGCCUUGACCCACUGGAGUUGUUUCUCAGGGCCCUCCAGCAAGCCUGUGGCAGCAGUGGGAGCCCCACCUGCUCUGUGUUCCAGGCCACUUAUCACAAGGUGCUGGCCAGCUGCAGUCUGGCACCGGGCUCACCUGACAGUGGUGGCCCAGGCACUACAAGCUGCUUGGACAUAAAUCUAUCGUGUAGGAGAGAUCUGACUCUUGGCAGUGUUCGUGCUCAGUAUAACCCAGCUUGUGGGAGGAUGCUGGCAACAAAAUACCCCUAUUGUGCAGGCCUUCUUUUGCACACCUCUGCACUGAGUAAUGCACUGACAGACCUGUCACUGCACACACAGAGCGUCACCUGCACUGCAGGCUUCAUUGCUGAGCAACUGGCCUCUGACUUGCAAUGCGAGACUUGUCUUGCUUCCCUCUUUGAGGCAGAUGAGACCAGGCUGAGAUGCAGGUCAGUGCUCUACAUAAAAAAGUUAGGUGGAGUGAGUCUGCCCUCAACAAGCGUGUACCACAUAACAAGCAUUUUGGAACAAGUUCUAAACCGGUAUGGCAAAGUAGGAGUUAGCAAAAACACCAAGCUAUGGCAUUUGUCUCUAGAACUGAAAGUCCUCCAGGAGCUUCUGGGAGAAAGUCCCCUCUUCCCCACUGUCACGAACCAUUUUUCUGAUGGGGAGUUUUGUGUCAACAAUCACUACAUAAUUUUAAUAAAGGAAAUAACACAACGUUACUUAAAUAUCAGAACAAACCAUGGCCAGUACCUGAACUUGAAAUACCAUUGUGGAAGGCACAGCUUGAAGAGACUGAAGGGAAAACAUGUUUUCAUCACAACUGGGUAG